AUGGGGGUAGGUUGAAAUUGCAGUGCCCAGGACACCACGUGAACUCUAAAAACUCUUUCAGAAAUCCUAACUUUGAGUCUCAUACCUGUGCUUGACAGAUGCCGGUGGAAAAGUAACAUGUGCAUUUUCUUACAACAAGGCUUCAAUCUUCUCACACAUUAGAGUGUAAAAUCAAAUCCAAAGUGCUUUGAUUUGCUGAAUUAUUGGGCCAAGAGCCAAACUACACUGAACUGAAAGACAGCAUUUUCCCACCAUGACCCUACAAACUUGUAAAUUGCAUCAGGCUGUCUUCCCUCACCUCUUUCUUCUGGUCCUGCUGUUGCUCCUCCAUGCCUUGCGGGGGUGCUGUCACCCCCAGUGUUUGGACUACAAGCCUCCGUUUGAGCCCCGGCAGCCACUGGUCUUCUGUAAGGAGUAUUCUAAAUUUGGAUGCUGUGAUCUGGAAAAAGAUGAGGAGAUAUCAGUCAAGUUUUACACCAUCAUGGACAAUUUUGACCAUUCAGGUUAUAUGACCUGCGCCAAGUACAUACGCAGCAUCCUCUGCCAGGAGUGUUCUCCAUACGCCGCCCACCUGUAUGAUGCUGAGGAUGCUAACACUCCAAUGCGUAUGCUGCCUGGAUUGUGUGGUGAAUACUGCUCCGAUUACUGGCAGCAGUGUCGGUACACGCUCAGCCUCCUCCUGGAGGAGUCUGGGGAGACGCAGCAGUUUGCCAACAUGACUGCAACAAUAGAAGAAGAUCGCAGAAAGUUCUGCGACUUUCUGGAGCUGAAAGAUAAACAGUACUGCUAUCCUAAUGUGUUGACAAAUUCAGCACUAAAUGCUAAAUUGGGGUUAGUAAGUGAGGAUCCCAAAGGAUGUCUGGAGCUGUGCUUGCAGGAGGUUGCCAAUGGGCUCCGUAACCCCGUGGCCAUGAUUCACGCAAAUGAUGGGACUCAUCGAUUCUUUGUGGCGGAGCAGCUGGGUUAUGUGUGGGUGUAUCUGGCCAACGGCUCUAGGAUUGACCGUCCUUUCCUCAACCUUACCCAUGCUGUCCUCACAUCACCAUGGGCUGGAGACGAGAGGGGAUUUCUCUGCAUAGCCCUACACCCAAGGAUCACCACAGUCAGAAAAGCCUAUGUGUACUACUCUGUGUCUGUCAAGAAGGAGGAGAGGAUACGUAUCAGCGAGUUUACACUGUCAGCACAUGAUGACAACCAACUAGACCACUCCUCUGAGAGGACUAUUCUUGAGGUGGUAGAGCCGGCAUCCAAUCACAAUGGAGGACAGCUUCUAUUUGGCCAUGACGGGUACCUGUACAUCUUCAUUGGUGAUGGUGGCCGAGCUGGGGACCCAUUUGGAAAGUUUGGCAACUCACAGAACAAGUCAACACUUCUCGGCAAGGUGCUGCGUGUUGAUGUUGACAACAAUGACGAUGGCCCCCCGUACAGCAUCCCCUCAGAUAACCCAUUCUUGAGAGAAAAAGAAGCACGACCCGAGAUUUAUGCCUUUGGCGUUCGCAAUAUGUGGCGUUGCUCCAUUGACCGGGGUGACCCCGCUACAGGGCGGGGUGGAGGCAGGAUGUUUUGCGGUGACGUAGGCCAGAACAAAUUUGAAGAAGUGGACCUUAUUGUUAAAGGAGGCAACUAUGGAUGGAGGGCCAAAGAAGGCUUCAGCUGCUACGAUCGCAAACUCUGUCACAACUCCUCGCUAGAUGACAUCUUGCCUAUCUUUGCCUACCCCCACAAGUUGGGCAAAUCAGUGACGGGAGGAUACAUCUAUAGAGGCUGUCAGAUGCCCAACCUCAACGGACUCUACAUCUUCGGGGAUUUUAUGAGUGGGCGUCUGAUGUCUCUAAAGGAGAAUGUUACUUCUGGUGAAUGGCUGUACAAUGAGAUCUGCAUGGGAAGAGACCAGACCUGCAGAUUCCCCAAACUCAUCAACAGUUACUACAAAUACAUCAUCUCUUUUGCAGAGGAUGAAGCAGGUGAACUGUAUUUUUUAGCCACAGGAGCCGCGAGUGCCACAGCCAGAGCAGGAGUCAUCUAUAAGAUAGUUGACCCUUCCAGGCGAGCAGCACCAGGAAAAUGCAGCAUCAAGCCAUCACCUGUAAAGAUAAAAGGAAAAUUGAUUCACUUCUACCCCAAAGAAGAGUUCGUAAUCAACAAGAAGCCAAGCACCACGCCUGUACCCACAACAACCACAAGAAAAACUACAACAACAACCAAAACACCACCAAGAAGAAAGUCACCUAUAAUAAUAAUAAAACCACCAAUGCCAACAAGAACAACAAGAAAAAUGCCACUACCACCACCAACAGCAACAACAAGAAAAACAACAUUACAGACAAUACGAAAAACAACGAGAAAACCCCCCCCAGCGCCCACAAAACCAACUAUAAAAGCGACAACAACAAUAAAAACAACUUUAGCAACAGCAAUAAAAUCAUCAACCGUACCUGUCCAGAUGUCCAUGGCAACAACCCCCGCCACAACCACACCCACUGGUUAUCUCACCACCGUCAUGACUGCAGCCUUCUCUAGGAUUGCUCAAACCCCAAUCAUCACCACACCUCCAACCAGGAGACAUGGGAGACCCCGUCAGUAUGCCCCUUUUACCACUUCACAACCUUUUACCUCACCACAACAGCCUCUAACUCCAUCCACAACAUCCCUUAAACGACACCAGAUGGCUCUGACCUCUGUACGAUACCCUGAGCCUCCUGGAGCGCUGAGCACACCACAGCCGCCAUAUUGGAACCUGAAACCCACGGCAUCAGGCUUCAAGCCCCAGAGACCACCACUCAACACAACGCUACCUAAAUCACAGGAAGAGAGGCUAUGGCUCGGAGAAAAGCUUGAAAGCGCUGGGGAGGGAAACCAAGUACAUAAGAAGCUUCAAGGAAGAGGUCGUGGUCACAAGAGAGGAAGAGGAGGAAGAAGGCUGCGGGCCGGCUCGGUGCGACUGGUAAGCGCCGAUGGUUUGUCAGAUCGAGGUAGAGUGGAGAUCUUUAUCCGUGGAGAGUGGGGAACAGUUUGUGAUGACCUGUUCAACAGCAAAGCAGGUAGUGUGGUGUGUCGACAGCUCGGCUUCACAACGGCGUUGGCAGUGAUGAAGAGGGCUGCACUUGGGGAGGCAGACCGCAGCGUCAGGAUCCUACUGGAUGAUGUGGAGUGUGAGGGCGGGGAGAGAUCGCUGCUAGAGUGCAAGAGAUCCAGGGUGGGGAAACACAACUGCACACAUGGGGAAGAUGUAGGGGUGAUAUGUGGUUAGCGCGGAGGGUGAAAAGUUAAAGUAUAGGAAGAAAAGAAAGAAGUGAUGAAGAUAGUGUUUGGAGAAGGCAUGAAAGGUUUUUACAGACUGCUCAUUUUUAAGCAUUUAUGUUGGUGAUGUCAGUUUUGCUAACAAUUUCUAUUUCUUUUUUUUAUGUUUUCCAGUUUUACAUACUGUAUUGAUGUUUCAGUUGUCAUUUCCCUUCCUCUGAUACAUUUUUUAAAAAAACACUCCAGAAGAGCCUAUAAUGGGAGUUUCUCCUAAUCUCACUCAGUCCACUGAUUUUUGUAAAAUGUAACCAGGUAAACAAAACCAAUUGUGAAAGUUCAUAUAAAUACAUAAAUCAUUAUGUAGUUAUCUAUCCCUAUCACUCAUUUUUACCCACUGUGUAACAAAGGGCCCGGUCAUAUCUUUUUUAUUGCAGUAAUAUUUGCGAACACAUCAAGUAAUUUUGGUUAUUAAAAAAGUAUGCUACAAUAUUGUUCAUGGCAAAGAUGGCAAUUGUUGAUGAAGGAUCAUUGUAAGAUGAGUUCAACUCCCGAAUGAUUUGAUGUUUGUAGGGGUCUUCAAGCAUUAACACAUAUGUUUUAAAUGCAUUUGACUCAGUUUGACUUACUCAAAAAUGCUCAACGUGGACUGAGUGAAUCUUGGAUAAACUUUAAUAAUUUUCUGUGUGUUCUGUUUUAGACAUCCAUGAGGCAAACAGAGAGUAUAUCCCUUUAAAAUAGUCCAUUGUGUUAUAAGAAGACAUAUGUAUAUUUGUAUAGUGUAUCAUUUCAGCAAAUCUAUUUUCUAAUUUGCAUUUUGAUACCUUUUUGAAUGUAGUUUUAAGAUGAACAAAUCUAGAGCUAUAACAAGGUAAUGCUGGACAUUCUGGAUAAUGUUUUCACUUUUUUAUAAUGACAUUUGAGGGCAUAGAGUGCCCGUGAUAUAAAAAACGUUUUACUGCAAAAUGACCUCCUUGCCAUUCUCUAUUAUUCUCAACCGAUGUAUUAUAAUGUGCUGAAGAACAAUGGACCACGUUGGUUCCCAUUGAUUUUCCUCCAGCAAUAAGCACAUAAACACUUUCACUGUCAAACUGUUCUUCCCAUCAUGUGGCUCUGUGAGUGAGACGGUGUCCUUGGUUCCCACAGGUUACCAAAAUCAUCCACAGUGCUUCCUAACACUAACAAGUCUUAGAAAAACCUAUGGGACUGAGGAAAGUUUAAUGUCCCACUUUUCUUAUCUUGUAACUGUGAUCAAACAGACAGAAACAAUGAAACACCAAUAUUAUUGACAGCAUUGUCAGAUUCCCAAUCUUCAAUCGCAAUGUGUUAGCCAGACAAAUGAAAAAGUGUAACACACAGGAGAAGAUCCCUUGUAGGCUUUAACAUUUU